AUGUCUGACCUUGACACCGUCUCGGCCUUUGUCGAGGGCGCUCCUCCAGGAGAGCUCGCAGACGUCGUCGCAGACAUCAAGGCCCUUACCAUCUCCUCCCCCGACAUCCUCGACGACCUCGUGCCCGCCUUCCAGAAGUACAACGAGGAGCAGCUCGUGACGGUGAAGCUGCCGGGCAGCAGUCAGCCAGUUAUCAUCAGCUCCUACAACUCCCUCGGAGACGGCCGAUACUUCGAUGUCGAAAGCUCAUCCAGCUUCGUCUUCAACCACACAACACAGAAAGCUAGUGCUGUGCAAAGCUAUGUCUUAGAGGGCGCACAGGCGGACCUGGUAAAAUCUACGCUCAAGAGCCUCGGCGCUUACGUUCAGGAGCACUUCGCCAACGCGGCAUACGGCGUCUAUCCCAUCGAGUCCGACUCCAAGGUUGCUGCCGUCAUCGUCGGAAACAAAUACAGCCCCAACAACUUCUGGAAUGGUCGCUGGAGAUCCCUGUACACCUUCGACCCCUCAUCUGGAAGUCUCGAGGGCUCCAUCAAGGUUGACGUUCACUACUAUGAGGACGGCAACGUGCGGCUGCUGACCAACAAGCCCGUCGCCGCCUCGAUCCCUUCCGGCACCGGCGCUGGCAUCAUCAAGGAGAUCUCGACGUCGGAGAAGAAGUACCAGGAGGAGCUGAACCGGGGCUUCGUGAACCUUAGCGAGGGCGCGUUCAAGGGCCUGCGACGACAGCUGCCCGUCACGCGACAGAAGAUUGAGUGGGAUCGGGUGACGAGCUACCGGCUGGGCCAGGACAUUGGAGGUGGAAGCUCGAGGCGAUAG